AUGCCUCUCCAUAUGAACAACAAAACCUAAAAAUGAUGAAAUUAAGGGUUUUAACCAUGGACAUGGAGGCCUGAAUUCAUUAGGCAAAAAUGUUGUUGGAGAGCAUAGACAACACGAGGUAAAACAGAGGCGAUGAUGAGAAGAGGAAACUUGCAAUAACAGCAAGUCAAAUUGAAACAAGAAAAUUAUAAAAAUAAGACAAACCAACUGCUCUCUCCGGGUACUCCUAAUUCACAGAGGAUGGACAUCGCAGGAAAUUAGAAACGAUGAAGUGUGGAGUCUAUGUAACAUGUACAGAGUGGAGGCAUUAACCUAUAGAUAGGAUUUCAAAUAGUUUUUUAUACUCCUACCACCUCAAAUAGAUAUAAACCACGAUAAAUAAUAAAUAUAGAAGCAUUUAGAUGGACUCGGAAGAAGGGUUUCCUGCACGGAAGGCGACAAAGCGAAAGAUGGAACUACAACCAGAUCAAGAGGAAGGAGAAGACAAAGAAAUAUCCAAAAGAGUACGGUUGAUGUCUUCUUCAAAUAUGCCCGGGAGUGCUCACGUUAUAUUUUCACGGUCAUUGGAACCUGAGGAAACAAGAUACAUUGAUGGAAGUGAGUUCUUCUCGAUACAAUAUAAUGAUAUAAAAGAAAAGAUUUCAUUGUCAGAACAAGAACUUUUUGAGAGGGAUUCUGUACAGUCUAUAUGGGAUGCUUGGCAACGGAUGGAUGUAGAAACUAUAGAUAAUAUUUUAGUGACAGCCUGCAAAGAUAUUCUAAAGACUCCAUUUAGUCUGAAUCAGUAUCACUGCAUGAACUUUGUAUAUAUCUCAAAAAAGAUGCCAGAAGCAUUUAGCUUACCAAAGGUGUAUAAGGCAUUACUCAAAUUAUUAAGCUCCAGUGAUCCUAAGUCAUUGACAUUGAUGAAUAAGUCAAAUUUGCUGCCAAUAUUUGCUUCAAAAUUACUAUAUCGAGCAUUUAUUAGAGAAUUUGAAUGGCCUAUCGAAUUUAUCCAGGCAUUUUUGGGGGACAUAGUUGGUCCUUGUGCAUGGAUAGAGCAUGAGAGUUGUAAAGAUUUUGUUAGAAUCUUAUCAGCUGCUUUUCAGGAUUCAAUUAUGACACCUGUAAACAAGUAUUCAAGUGUAGAGCUGCGUAAAAUGGUGCAACAAGAAUAUUUUAUGAUUCUUGGCAAAGUACUGAAAGCCAAUUCAACAACGGAGAAUUCCUCAGUCCUUCUGAAGUUGCUUUUGAUAGGAGCUGAAUAUGAGGAUGCGAGGUUGAUUGCUUCUAGCAUGCUUGGGCAUUGGAUUAAUAAUCCAAUCCAUAUGCAUGCUGCAAAAGCCUUGUUGGAUCGUAUUUUAGAGAAAACAUGCGGCAUAAGUAAGAGUGACAACAGUACAGUGGCAAAUUUAUUUCUUGUUAAGAUUAAGGACCAAUACAGCAACAUUUACCAUGACAUGGCCACUCAACUAGUCUGUAAAAGAAUAGAAUAUGUGGCUAUCGCUUUGAAGACGCUUGUUCUGGUGGAGCUUAGUGUAAAAGAUAUAUCCAAUCUGAACAGUAUAUCUACCAUUCUAAGGGCAAUUUCUAUUACCACCUCAAUUUCUAUUACCACCUCACCAGAACAUGAACUUGCUCUGAUUUUGCAGGAGCUGGCUGCAAAUGAUAAUACAAGAAAAAGACUUAAAGAAUUUGUUUGCAGGCUAGUAAGGCAUAUAGGAUCUGAGAUAAAUAUUAAAGCUUUAUGUCAAAAUCUUCUACAACCGUGGAUGGCAAUGGUUAAUCAAACUGAGUCUUUGAAGGUGGCUUGGCUCACAGAGAUAACAGAGCUCGUGACAGUAUUUCUUCUAUACUCAACUUCAGCCCUUGCGAUGGAUGAAAGUAUUAUGGCUUUUGUUUCUCUUCCAGAAAAUUACGGAUCAUCUUGUUUCAAGGCUACAAACAUAAUGGACAUCUCAAGAAAAGAAAAGAUUGAGGCAGUAAGAAAAGUGUGCAGUGACCUUGCAGUGUUUCAGUUGGAGGCCAUUGCAUGGUGCAUGGAUGUGGUAGCUGUAUAUGCUCCAAACAUGAAUAAAGAUCAGUUUGUGACUAUUUUGAAGCAGUUUCUAUUUCUUGGAGAUUUUCAGUCAUACUUUCCAAUGGGUGAAAUAUUUGGAGAAAUAGAAUGUAAUUCAUUGCAGCUACUUGGUUUCUGUACUCAAGCAUCUGAAGAGGUUUUGGCACGUGUGAUUCUUCUUGGCAUUACUGAUGUGUACCCUCUUACCAUGGGUGAUGCUUUAUCCAUCAUUGAAAGCCUUGUUUGGAGGGCAGCUGCAUUUGAAACUCUGUUCAAGGGUUUGCAUGCUAAAAGCAAUCAGCUUCCUUCAGCUAUAAUAAAGCUGGCUUCAUUCAGCUUACCAGGCAUUCCACAACAAUCACUCUCACAUCUUGUAUAUAAGGACAAGUAUUGGCGAGCAUGUCUGGUAUUACUCGUAGUUGCUGUCUACAAUCCUGUAACAGUUGGGCUAUAUGUUUGGGAGCACAAUUCUACUGUCAGACAAAUGAUGCAGAUGGUCCUAACGGGCAGCCAAAAGUUCUUUUCUUUAGAUGAUGAUACUGCAGGAAACCUGAAAGUAGAUGAUCUAGCAUCAGAGGCAACAACUUCUGAUGCUAAGGCAGAGGAAUUAAUAUAUUCCCAUCAACUGAAUAGAGAACACACUAAUAGAACUGCCUCUAGUGAAAUUUCACUGGAUAGUUACGAGUGGAGAGGAAAUGUAACACUUCUGAACACAUCUGGAGUAGUUGGUAGGCUGCCACAAUCCAUCAUAGAAGAGUUAGAAGAAGUUGAUAAAGUAUAUCAACUUGGCCGUGUGCUACGGGAAUGCAGAUCUCCUGACUAUUUUGCACAGAUUACUUGCCUUCAGACUUUGUCAAAAUCCUGGGGAUGGCUACGGAGGAUUUUGUGUCAGGAACCAGAGCUUGUCUCGGUCUUACCUUUCAUGUGGCAGUGCAAGCUUCUAUACAUGCAGGAAGGAUCUGUAGGUUCUGGUGGGAAGAACUUUGUAGACUCAAGAAAACUUUAUUUGGCAAUAAGCAAGGUGAUCAUUGACAAGUCUCAUGAGAAAGAAGUCACGGCUUUUGUAGAAUAUUUUUCUCCUAAGCUUUCUGACAAGAAUAGCCUUAUCCGUUGCCAAGCACGAUGUUUCUUUGCCCGUAUGUUCAAUAUCUCAUUUGAGUUCUUGAAUGAGGUAUCACCAUCUGGAGACAGUGGUCAAAGUUACUUUUCCACACUCAACACUUCCUUUGACUGUUGCAUCCUACCAAGGGGAGAUAUGCCUGAAGAGACUACAAGAAACUCUUUUCCACCUUAUUAUGACCUGGGAUGGUUGGAGCAAAUUGGAACUCAUCCAAAUGCACAUGCAAUCCUUGGUAGUCUUGUACCAGCUAUUCAACAUGCUGUUCUAGUUGAAACAACAUUUGAAGUGAUAAUUGCAUGCUUGAAAUUCCUUGAAAAAUAUUCUCCUCCUUUUCCAUCCCUUCUCUCUUUUUCUUGCACAAUUGCGAGAUUACUUGUGCAGCGUAAAGAGCUUGCAGCUUGCUUGCUUUCAAUGGAAAAAGAAGACCAUUUGCACACAGCCUAUCUAUCUUCAUCAAUUUCUGGGCAGGAUAUCUAUACACCAGACUUUGUACUCAACUCUCUGUAUGAAGCUCUUAGAGUUGGGACCUCUUGUCAAUCAACUGAUGAGAACAUUGUGGGCAUAGAAUCAUCUUUAGUGACAUUGGUAGUACCUCAAACUGAUGGUGGAGAUAAAGUGUCUUUCCGACGCAUUACAUUAUACAAGAUUGUUCUGGAUGCUGUUAUACUUGUAUUAUCUUUGUCGUCAAGCAAGGAAAAUCAUAGAAAAAACAAGAAUGUCAUAAUUGAAAAUAUGAAAGAAUUCUUGUUACCUAAUGUUGCUGGAAAGACUAGUGUAGCUUGGGUGGAAUCAAUGAUGGGGAAAAGUUUACCAUUACUGUCCGAAGAGGAAGCCAUAAUCUUCUCACAAAGCAAAGAUGAGAGGAUUGCAUUUGCAGGAUGCAACGCACUCUCAAUAAAUGCAAUUCUAGAGGUUUGUGAAGGCUUGGGAAUACCUGUUGUCACCGUGGACUAUAUUCUUGGGGUGUUGAAUUCAACCAUAGGAUUCAGGAUAGAAGAAUAUCUGAAUAAAUCAAAAGGACGAAAUGCUUGGUUUCUCCAGUCCUGCCUUCAGACGCUUUCCAAGUUUACAAAUAAAUGUUUUCCCAAUUUAUCAUGGAUUCUAUCCCAGCUUUCUUCAAAUAAUUUCUUGUGUAUGGUGCCAUUCAUAAUGCACAAGCCUGUAGUGGUACCUAGUUCUAUAACCAUUAAUGGGAAUGAGGAGAAAUAUGAGUUGACUUCUACUGCCGAUAUAGUAGAUUCUACAAUUGGACAGAUAGCCAUAUCAGAUGUAAGCUUUCAUCUUGGCUUAUUGAGAGGAGUUCCAGACCUUAUUUCAGCAUAUAUUGAACUGCGGAAAUGCAUACAAAGAGAAAUUUGCUGUGGUAAUGUUCUUUUUCUUCUUCAGAGAAUGGAAACGUGUCUCAUAAAAUUUAAAGUAUUUGAAGAUCAUAGGUUAUCAUGGGUGCAUUUGUCCUCCUUUAUGCUUCCUAGUUUAGCUGUGAUAGUAAGCUCCACUAGUAGUAUCUGGGAUAGUUUCAAAGUGUUUCAUAUCACAGAGUCACAUUCUAAAAGGAAAUUUCUGGUUGAGUGUAAUGAGCCUCUUAAGAGAAUUCUAAUUGAAAUGGAAGCUGAGCUUGCUAGAAACUUGAAUUACCAUAAUCUUUUGACAGAAGAAAUCAUAUCAAGCAAAGUUUACUACGCAAGAUUUAUCAUGGCUGAACUACAGCUUGUGUUUGAGAAAGGGUGUGAAAAGCCCCAUUCUUUGUACCUGGAAAGCCUUUUCAAAACUAUGAAUGUAAAUUAUCAAGAGAGCUGCACACUUUUAAAUGCAAGUUAUAUCUGCUUUCUGGGAGUUGAAGGAUCGCUUCGCACAUUCCUUAUAUUGAAUUUGAAACAAGCAUGGUGUGAAAGUUGGCUCAAAUACAAGCCAGUCAUUUUUAUAUCAGAACUGUUGCAAUUUAUGUUCACAAUUAUCAGGGAAGGACGUGAGUUAUUCAAGCUCACUAGCAACCUAGAAGAAGAUGAUACUCUAGGAAAUAGAAAAUGUGUUAUGUUGUCUGGUUGUUGUGGGUUAUUCUCAGGUUUUUUGAAGUUUCUGGACCUGUACAUGAACUUCAAUGUCUGGACUUCUCUCCUGUUUUCAACAGAAAAUGGUAGCAAUGUGUUGCCGCAGGGCCUUGCCCAGUCUUUCAUGCAAUUAUGUUUCAAGAAUAUUGUGAAUGAAAGCUCUUGGCAAUUUAUGAUAAAAAUCCUGAAGUCUACGCUGGAUUGUUUUGGAAUGAGUACCCCACUAUCAAAUUUAUUUAAAAAUCAAGGAAAGAGUAGAUCUCUGACUUUAUACCCUUUUGUCACUUAUGGUCUGAAUAAACCACCUGUGGCAAGAGCUAUUCUUGAGUUUUUCUACAUGUGCAGUUUUCACCCACGGACAGUUUUACUUUGUUGCCCUUCAGCUCAUUUGGAAAAUCAGGCACCAGAAGAGAAAAUAAAAAUGCUACCAAUCCAAAUGCUAUCACCUCAUUGUCUAGUCAAUAUAACUUCACAGGAAUGUUCAAAUAUUCAGAUGAUAGGUAGUCUGCAGUGUUUAUUCGAAGGAAAAUGCUCGAUUGAUGAAGUUAUUAAUGAAGAUGUUGUUUCUGUGGGUACAAUCUUACUUGUGCAUUCAUCAGCAGAAUCUGAUAAUAAACUCCUUGCAAUUCUUGAGAAUCUUUUGUCACUGGAUUGUGAUGAUGAAUGUGAUAAAAUGGUGGAGCAAGCUAGCAGUGUCUGUGAUGUUCUAUCAAAUGCUGCGAAAGGACUACUUUGGACCCUCUACUUUGCAUUUCCGUUCUCAGUUUCUGGUGCUUUGCAGUUUGAUAGAGGCCAUGCUAUAUUUUCAAAAAGAAUGUGUGAUGGUUUCAAGAUUCUGCAGAGCAGAAAACUGUUGUUUUACAGAAGUAAAAAGGCACUUCCAAUGUAUGGAAUGGUGCAAAAUGCUUUGAAGAUUAUAUGUGAGGGAACAGAAAAACAAUCUGAUAUAGCUUAUGGAUUUUGUCAUCCUUUAGCAAAGAACCAUCCGGUUUUAGUACUCCCCCAUAUGGCAACUCUGGCAGCAUUGCUGAAGGAAAAGAUGUCAGAGAUGACACAGGGAGAAGACAAUGUUUGUUCCUUUGGGCAUGCAUUAUAUCUUGUUGCUGGAUUAUUGGAUGCACUCAGACCCCAUAUUUUUGAUUUGCAUAAUAGUGAAUGCCUAAAUGAUGUAAAGUGCUCUCGCCUGAAGAAUAGUAUUGCAGAAUAUACAAUUGAUGUUCAUGAAGUACAGGAUUUGUCUAAAGGGAGCCUCAAAGUAAUAACUGAUGUCUACUUUGAAUUUUUGAAUAACUUACAAACUGUUAAUUUGCCCAAAUAUGUGAAGGUGGUAAUACCUUUGGCAGACUUUUUAUGUCAUUGUGUUGCUUCUGGUAAACAUUGUCUUGAAAUUGUCACCAGACGCCACAAAGUUAUAGAAACAAUUGCACAAAAGUUUUCUAAAAUUAAGAAGUUAGGUUUUCUUCUGUCUCUCAUAGACAACCCUGACGUAUUGUUACCUUCUCCAAGAACCGAUACUGAGUUGCUAAAAACUCAACCUAAUAUUGAGGAAUUCCCCUCCGGACCUCCUUUGUUGCCUGUUGAUGUUAUCCUGAAGGUUCAGAAUCAACUGCAGCAUUUCCUUACUCUGCACACAGAUAAUUCAGAUAAUUAUUCAUCAAACUACAGAGAGCCUGGAGUUGUACUUCAUCAACAAAAAAAAUCAAAGAACUGUGAUCUUGAAGAUGAAAAUAACCUACUCUCAGUUCUUGACGAUGUGGAGAAGGCUUCUGCUCAUGUACCCACUCUUCUUGCAUCUUUGGAGAGUUUUUUGAUUGAGCUAACAAAAGUUCAAAACAAAGAUGCUCAAAAUUGUAUUUAUCAACUUCUGGAGCGGCUCUUAUUACAUUGUCCAAGUAAAAAUAGCUGCCAUAAGGUUGUCAAAGCUGUGUUGCUUAAUCUCAAAUCAUCUGACAUUUCAUUGGCAAAAAUGGCUGCACAACAGGCUGUCAGAUUUUUCUACCAUUGUCCUGAGCUACAAGAAACAUUGCUUGUAGAAUUGUUUUUGACAAGAGGCGAUGUGGAGGAGGACCUAAAACAAUUACUUUGUGAUCUCCUCUUCUUUACCAAUUGAUGUGGAUAACAAUCCAGGAUUGCAAUAUUGCCUGGUACUGAGUAAUACUUAAUAAUCAUGUUCUGGAAUUCGAUCUUGCUUUCAUGCUUUUAAAACUGACAUGUGAUGUUUCAGUUCAUGCAGACUUACAAGAAACAUUGCUCGUAGAAUUGUUUUUACCAAGAGGCAAUAUGGAGGAGGACCUAAAACAUUCUUAGUUACCAAUUGAUAUAUGGAUGACAAGCCAAGAUUGCAAUGUUAGCUGGUACCGAGUAAUAAUUAAUAAUCAUGUUCUGGAAUCCAAUCCUGCUAUCAUGAUGUAGUUUUUAAAAAAGAUCUUUUAAAACUGACAUGAUGUUUUAGUUUCAUGCAGAGUUACAAAAAACAUUGCUUGUGGAAUUGUUUUUGACAAGAGGUGAUGUGAAGGAGGACCUAAAACAGUUGCUUGAUCUUCUCUUAGUUACCAGUUGACAUGUGGACAACAAGCCAGGAUAGUAAUGUUACAAAGAUUAGUCUACUUAAUGAAAAUGUUAUGAAAAGAUAUUGCAUCUCCUAUACCAAUUGACUAGUUUGCAGUAUGUUAUCACACCUGAAAAAAAUGGAAGAAGAAUCUAUCCAAACUCGUACUACUUAACAGAUAUAUGCAUAUUAGUAAAUCAGCAGAAAUGAGAAUACAUGUACACUCGAAGAACUUCGUAAUUAUCUUAGCCUUGAGCUACCCGAGGGGUUCUUUUGCUUACAUGUAGUACCAGCCUAAAUUAUAUUUACUGGCCUUCCAGUGGUGAUCAAUGAGGAUGCUAACCCUUCUGAUUGUAUCUCUAAUGCAGAGCAGAGCUUUGUUCUCUAUCAGCCCUUUUCUCCUGCCUCUGUUGGAGGCAUCUUCUGGCAAGGGAGUUUCAUUUCACUGGAUUGACUUGUCCAAUGGGUUUUGUAUAUCUGUCUGUCUAGGAUUUGUGCUUUCGGGUCUACUCCUAGGAUCUAAGCCCCUCACACGAUUUUGUUUCUUCCUGGAUUUGAUUAUAGAGAGCUUCUUUCUCAUUGUUGUUUUUCA